UACGAAAAGAAAUGUAGCGAUGCGCGAAGACGUAAACACCGUGAUCAUUUAGAUGAAAGUAGUAGACAAGUACAUGUAUAUGAUAUAAAAGUUAAUGACGCUGAAUUAGCGUUAUUUCACUGUAAUUCGGAUGUGAAAUCGAAGCAUUUGAAUCCGUCCGUCAACUGCGAUGAUGACCGCAAUAUUUCGUGGGGAACUGACGUUCGCGGAAUGAAGAUGACAAAUGGUUCCCGUCCAACGUCGUUAGGCGUUAAGCAGCCAACGGACAUGACGACAAAAACGUUAACUAGUCGGAUCUCUAGUGUUGUAAAUGGUGAUGCGUCAAAAAGAGAUAAAUUAUCGGACAAACCUGAGAAUUCAGCGGUUAAUUCUGAAGAUAUAUCGCAUGCACAACACUCCACGCCGACGCCUAAAGGGGAUAAAUUAACAUGUGAAAAUUUACAUGAAGAAAACAAGAAUACUCAUUCUAGUAGCGAUGCGCAUGCUCGCACAUCAGUUGUUAUUCAGACUCCGGGCUACCAACAUGUGCUUGAAGAUGAGAACGGAAAAUUACGGUUUUGGCCGUAUUCGGAUUUCGUAAAUAGUGAUAAGUUACCUGUGAAACUGCAUAGAGCGAAGAAAGGAUUGCACUUGUCAGUUGGUAAGGGGAUGAGUGGGAAUAGGCGCAACAUGACUGUGUUACAGACCGGGGAACGCAGCGCCGAGAGGCCGGAAACGAGGGCGGUGCGAAAGUUUCAUACCAGCACCGUGGCUCCCGGUGAUGAGAACGCUAGGGAGGUAAUGACGGCACAUGGGGACGCGGUUCAGUCAAUUCUGCUGCAAGAUAAAAAUGGAAACGCGAUUUCCGACGAAGAGCUGGCCAAAAUACUCCCCAAGAUAGCGGAAUCGAUAAGUAAAAUGGACACUAAGAACGCUGAAGAAAUAUUACCCGGGAUUACGCAGAACAUAACGCAGUUGCAGAAUGGAGGUAAUUUAGUGAUAACGACCAUGACACGGAGGCUAGACGAGGAUGAAUCUUCUUCCGGCCAGGCUUCCCCUGCGCCAGAUUACCCUUUGUUGGACGCAGAUGACGUGGAAAACGGGACAGUGUAUUUGGUUCGAGACUCCAAGGGUGGACUUUUUUACGUCGAGGAUGUAACGAGUGAAACUCAGGAAAGUGCGUAUUUCAGUUCAAGUCGGAAUAACUCGGAUAGUCUUAGCGAUGGUGCCUAUAGUCCAGUGAUGGAACGGGGUUCAAAAUUGCAGUCUACGGGAAUAAGUGGAAUCGACCAUAAGACGGCCCACGAGAUAUUAUCGGCGAUGUAUGGCGAUGAUGUUCAAGAGUUGACCGAAAACGAGGAAGAAUGGAGCGAACGGACGUAUGAAUUUGACAUUCCGAAGAAAGGCACAGAAUACAGUAAAAGUUCGUUUCGGCCCCAAUAUAUGGUGGAAGAGCCUAGUAAUGCGAUACAUCAAGAUCAUUCCAUCCAACUGGAACAUGCGCAGUCUGCGUAUCAGUCAGCCGCUAGGGGUGGCGCGUGGAUCUUUGACGGCGGGAUGGCACAGAAUUACAGCCAAAUGACGCAAUAUCCGGUCGGCGGCGACGACGCCGCGAGUAUCUCCACUGCCUCUGUGAAAAACGCCGAUGCCACCGGUACCCGAGUCAUAGAGAGGUACACGUUGGAGACUGAGACAACGGACUAUCCGAUGAUACCGCUCCCACUACCGGUACCACUCCCGCAGCCGCACAUGUUAUCAGCGUCGGCUCAAAGCACGACGGCGCCCGGUCAAUACUCGUUAGUUUCAGUAGAUGUAACGCCAAUGGCGAAAACGGAAAGGACACAUGCGGCCAUUGAGGGUAUAAAACCCCAGGAGAGCAAGGAGAUGCCAAUAUACAAAACAGUAGCAACAAUUCAGACCGGCGGGAAACUACCUGCCCAAAAGACGGAACUAGACGAUGAAAAAACAAAUCAAUAUAAGAAAUAUAGAAUAGUUUCUUCAAAAGCAACUGAAAACAAGUCGUCUGCUAUGACGUUUAACGACGUGGACUAUAAAUAUUCCAAUGAAAAUGUUGAAUAUAAACGAGUGCCACACGAGACUCAAAACGAAACUGAAAACAAAUCGUCUUCUAUGACAUUUAACGACGUGGACUAUAAAUAUUCCACAGAAAAUGUUGAAUACAAACGGGUGCCACACGAGACUCAAACUCAGUUUUUCGUGCGUAAUUCGACUCACGUUGUUCCGCAGAGUAGUUCUUCCUAUCGAACCGAAAAGAAAAUAGAAUUAGGAGGAUCAAGUGAUAAGAAGUAUAAGUCGGAAAUUCAAGUCCGCAAUGCACCGGAAGUGGCCGAGGAGAGAUACGCGUACGACGAUAUGCGAGCGGAAAUGGGAGCUCAGCAGAUGAACUCAACUAUGAGAGCACCGGAAGUAGCCGAGGAGAGAUACGCGUACGACGAUAUGCGAGCGAAAAUGGGAGCUCAGCAGAUGAACUCAACUAUGAGAGUGGUUCGAGGAAGUUAUCUCAUCAAGAACACACUCGACGAUGUGGACGCUACUUUGGACGAUAAUAUCAACAUGUUUGACGGAAAGUUCGAGCUCUGCAAGGACAACCCCAUGUACCACAGCGACGAGGAUCUCCGAAUGGACCGGAGGCGAUCAGCGGAGGAGCGCUCCCGGCGGCAGGAGCGCUUCAAUCGGGACUUGAGUCAGGACAUAACCUUCGAAACCGUGGAUAAAUACUCAAAGACAAAAACUGUAAAACGGGAACCAGAGCGCCCCCGGCAAAGCAUCAGCGAGCUCCUGCUGGAUCGCCUGUCGCUCAUCGACAGCCGCCACAUCCGACAGACCAUCGACGUCAAACACGACCAUGAGGAUAUUUACGGCGAUCCGAGGUUUCUCCAUGCGGACGGCGAGGCUUCAUAUGGCGGUUCCAGUACCAGCAAUUUCGACACCGUUGGUGAAAAAGUGGAUCUGUUGUUGAAAGACGGCAAGGCGUACAUUACGGUCAAGGUUACGGCUGAACGUGUAACGCCUGUUGACCUUGAAUUUAACGUGUGGCGUAAAAACCAGGCAAUCGUGACAAGGACUAUUGAAGUUGACCUCUUAGCAACCGAAGAACGCAGACGACUUUAUUAUAAAGUUAUGGAGAGCCAUGGCGGCGGCGGAAGCGGGUCGUCACGUGGUUCAUAUCGCGCAAACGCACACGAAACUGUCUUAGAUGGUCCAGAGACCCUGGCGUUGUUCACUAGGAUUCUAGGGGCGGCAGAGGGCGAGGGAGAUAAGGAGGACAUUGAAGUGAGGACACGACUGGGCAACACGCGGUGGCCGAAUAGCGCAGGCGCAGAUAUGAUGUACUGAGGUGGUAACGGCAACGUGUGAUUAAGAACAAUUGAAAACAUAAGUGUUGUGCCAUUAUAAUUUGUUCGUUUGACGCGUUUUAUAGAACGUCUGUUUCGUUUUCGGAAUGUUUUUUUAUGAACCUUAAUUAACGACGAACGGUGAAAAUAAAUACCAUGUUAUAUAAAAGUGUUUUAGUUACAGAUAAACGUUCAGUACAAUUAUUUUGUGUUCGUGUGAUACAUACCUAAUCUGUCAGACAGAUGCAUUGGUUUGAAAUUGAAAUUAUUAUUUUACAGCAAUAUGGGCUUAUUCUUUCUAUUACAAUAUUUAUCAACUAAUAAUUAAUUGCAGUUAUGCGUUCAACUGUCCGAAUACAUGUUUAUUUAUUAUCGUUUCACAAAAUACUUUUAUUCCAUUUCUGUAAUUAAGUGUUCUUAAGCAUUCAUGUGUGUGUCCAUAAAAAACUUUCACAUUCUAACUCUAUUGAGUCUCGCUCUAGGAAAACAGGCCUUAAUGCAUAUGCGAAAAGUGUUGUCUCAUGUGCAGUCCGCACAGGCUUAACAGGAACGACACUUUUUGCUGCAAAAAUCAUAUUAAGGCGGACUUAAUUUGUCAUACCUGAUAAGCCUGAGACGACAAUGUACACACGAGCAUUAAACCCCCGUUUGACCGAGUGAUAAUUAGUGUUUAAUACCAUAAAUAUUAUUACCUCAUGUAUACUUUUCACUAUAAUAAUGAAUAAUGAACAAACGCGAAAAUGUGUGGUGUCAUUAUAACACAAAACAGUGACAAGAGACAAAUAUCACGUGUCUCUAUACAGUUAUCACACCAUAUCUCUUAUUUUAUGUACAUUGUAGAUAUAUAAUUUUUUUAAUAUUUUACCAUAUGUAAGGAAACACUUCUAAUAGUACCACGUAUGAUGCUUUUGUGAUAUUGCUGUGAAAUUUGUACGUCGUUUACAUGUAUCUGUAUGCCAAACGAUUUACUCUUAGAACUACUUGUUGCCUGUGAUGUUUCAAAUGUAUAUAACUGUGGUUUGAUUAAACCUUUGUAUAUAGUAAUAUUGUGCUUACAUAUAUAUUUGUAUAUAUAAAUACAAAUAAAUCAAGCGUCUAUCGUUGUAAAGAAAGAAUUAUGGAUGCAUAUGUGCUUAUCAUGAUUGUAAAUAUUAUAUAUACAUUGUAAUACAGAUAUUGCGUAUUUGAUUGUUAUUCAUAAUGUAUUACAUUACAUCAUUAAUGUUUACUAUGUCUCUAAUAUUUCUGUUUUUGGUAGAGUAAAAUGUGUUUUAUAUUAAAUUGUAUUUCGGAAAAAGGAUACAUCAGCAAUAAUUUCGAAAUCUUGACCUAGUUUGCUACCACACAUGUUCAUUUUAAACACGAUUAGUGGAUGUCUUACAUUUAUCAGUUUUUAUUACAAGGUUACAAAUACAUGUCUACAAACUUUACUUUAAUGUAUAGGUCUACGUAUUACAAUGGUUGCUCAAAUCAGUUAAACAUGUUUUCAUGAUAAAUUUAACCUUUCAAAUGGAACGUUUAAAAUAAAACUAUACAGUCGCUUAGAUCGUGUUAGAGCUAAGAAGCAUAGUUGCAUAAAAUACAUUAUUUAUUCUAACCAACAUACGGUAUAAUGUUAUGUUUUAUACUACCGCUUGUUAUAUUGAUUGCAAUAAAUAAUAAAACAGCA